CUUCCAACCAUUCCAUCCCCCAUGCCAUCCUACACCCUCACGCCCGAGGCAUACGCCCUCCCCCUCCUCCAUGCGGCAGCACAUCCCGAGGCGGACGUCGCGGGUCUCCUCCUCGGCCGCGGCGGCGAGGUCGUGACUGCGCUCCCUGUGCUGCAUCGCUACGCGUCGCUCAGCCCGACGCUCGAGCUCGGGAUCGACAUGGCGCGCGUGUGGGGCAAGCAGAAGGGGCUCGAGAUUAUGGGAUACUACGAGGCGCGGGGGAAUGGGAGCGCUCGUAUUGGCGAGGCGGUGUUGGCGGCACUGCGGGCGGAAGGGCCCGCGCUGGGCCUCGUGUUGCAUAACGGGAAGCUGCGGACGACAGACGCUGUCUACACGACGAGUCCCGCCGACGCGAGCGUUGCCUGGCCCUCGGAAUCUGUGCGUGCAGGCGCCCUCGAGCUCGUCCGCAAGGACGGCGUGCAGCUGCAGCUGCGCGAUCUCGACGACCAUCUUGACGACUCGCGCAACGACUGGCUAGGGAAUGCUGCGGUGCGUGCCGCCGUCGCCAAGCUUGCAUGAGGUAUAUCUGGUUUUGAGGCCACCACUAUGGGGUACGGGAGAUUGUGUAGUCUGGGGGAGAUGGACGGUCGCGGGCCAAGCAUCGCCUGCCUGAAUGUGUCUGGUGCU